GAUAUUUAUGGGGAUAGUUGUCCUCACCAUGAAGGCAUCUGUUAUUGAAAUGUUCCUUGUUUUGCUGGUGACCGGAAUACACUCAAAUAAAGAAAUGACAAAGAAGAUUAAAAGGCCCAAAUUCACUGUGCCUCAGAUCAACUGUGAUGUGAGAGCUGGAAAGAUAAUCAAUCCCGAGUUCAUUGUGAAAUGUCCAGCAGGAUGCCAAGACCCCAGGUACCACGUUUAUGGCACUGACGUCUAUGCAUCCUACUCCAGCGUGUGUGGCGCUGCAGUUCACAGUGGUGUGCUCGAUAACUCAGGAGGGAAAAUACUUGUUCGGAAAGUUGCUGGACAGUCUGGCUAUAAAGGGAGUUACUCCAAUGGUGUCCAGUCGUUAUCCCUUCCACGAUGGAGAGAAUCCUUUGUCGUCUCAGGUGAGACCACAAAAGCCUAUCAGAGCCCAUCAGCUCCCGGGACAACAGCACAGCCAGUCCCCCUGAUGCAAGUACUGGGGACCGCCGCAGCUGAAGGCACCCACACCACCUUGUCAAAGCCACCCCCAUCUGCAGGCUCUACCACCAGCAGCCUCAGACCACAGCCCGUGGGCCAGAGAAGCCAGGAGCUGGGGGAAACUGAAUUGUGGAAACCUGGAUCGGUGCUUCUAGAUGCAGGAUUUGUUCCAAAAAAAGAAUUAAGCACACAGUCUUUGGAGCCAGUAUCCCAGGGAGAUCCAAGGACUACAUACCUCCCAAUAAGAAACUUCUGA